AGUUGCAGUUUUAGCUCGAGCCAACGAAGCGUGCGCGUCCAGCCGGGGGGCCUUCGGCCCCCCCAAAAGCGAGGGCCGCCCGGUAUCGAUGCCGAGUGGCAUCGAUGCUGCGCUGAAGUCCCUCAAGGCGGAUGCCAACAUUCCACAGCCAACGAAGGUGAACUACAAUGGCUUUGAGCCAGAAAAGAAAAAGAAGCCCGAAGUCAGUGAAGUGACCAUUGAUCCGGCGGAACUUGGUCUCGAAAAAUGCCAAAAGAUUGUUAAGGAGCAGGAGUUUAAGAUCCGGAAGUUGAAGGAGAAGAUGGCGGGCAUUGCUCCAACCAAGAAGAAUAAGGCAGAGAUCAAUGCCGUGAAGGAGCAGAUCGAAGAGCUCCAGGCCGAUGGCAAUUACCGAGCUGCGAUGAGCUUCGUGCGUAAGGCCGAGGAGGAAGAGCGAGAUAGACGGCGGGCGGAACGGGAGAAGGACGAUGAAGAGGCGCUAGUUGGCGGCGGCCUUGGCAAGAAGAAAGGUCCUAGCGAGCCAGCUCCAAAGAAGGCAGCAGCCGCCAGCACUGAGGCGGAUGCAGCUGCAUCGGCCGACUUUGAUGCUGAUGCAGAGGUCGUGGCGGUGGUGAAGAGCGCGGCGGAGGGUAGCGAGGAGGCGCUAGCACAGCUGCAGAAGGGUGCCGGCGCUGGAAGCUACAAGAGCGCGAUCAAACAUGAAGUGGCGAGCAUGGCCUUCGGUGCCGAGGAGCUGAUCAGCGCGAAGAUGAAGCGGGCGCCCACGCGGGACUCGGCGCUGAAGACGGUGCGAGCGCUCCAGUGGAACCCCGGGGCCACCUUGCCGGCGCUGCCCGCACUGCUGCUUUUGCUGGAAGAGACAAAGCUGAAGUCGGAACCUGGAGGCACUGCCGUCGACCUUUGUCGCGUGGUCUGCCGCUGUGGGCCUCGUAGCAGCGCCGUGCCAGAGAUGAUUUUCCCGGUUCUCCUGGCACACUUGGGCGCUGCAGCUGCGGGAAAAUGGAAGGUGAAAGUGGCGGUGCUUCAGCUCCUGCGAGACUUGCUGCAGUCCUCUCAGCAGCUCCUGCCCAGGCAGACCGGCCUUUGGAUGCCGAAGAUCAUGUCUGCUCUACGAGAUGCAGUUGGUGACGCCCGAAAGGAGGUGAAGAAGGAAGCUGAAUCCUUUCUCCGGAAUAUGGCGAAAGAGCUGGCGCAGACUCCCGAGAUCCGCACGCUGGCUGAUGACAUCAUCACCAGCAUUUUGGAUAGUGCGAACAUGGAGAAGGCCACGGAGAUUCUCCACAGGAUGGCGAACACCACCUUCCUGAACACAGUUGACUCCUGUGCCUUUGCGUUGCUCUUCCCCACAGUCUCUCGGGCCAUGCGAGAGCAGGCGCAUGAUGCCAAGAUGAAAGGUGUGCAGAUCGUGGGUGCAUCUGUGAAUUUGAUUGCAGAUCCCGUCCUGUUGCAGCCAUAUUUGCAAGAGCUUAUGCCUCUUCUUCAGGAGUGUUUGUUGCACCCGACCGUGGGGGUCCAGCACGAAGCCGCCAAGAGCUUUGGAUCCUUGGCCUUUGGGCUGCCGGAGAUCUGCGACAAAGACAUGAUGCCAUUUCUGCUGGAGACCCUCAAGAGUCAGGAGCAGAACGAGGACGUCUCCGAGGUGGAGCGCCGGGGCGCUGCCCGCGGUCUGGCCGAGGUGCUGCUGGCGCGGCGGGACCUUCUGCCAGGCUGCCUGCACGAAGUGGUCUUGCCACGCAUUCCAUCAGGUGGGACCUUGGAGUGCAAAGCGGGUGGACUUCAAUUGGUCCAGGCCAUUGCCAGCCUCGGCCCCCAGGCCUUCCUGCCUCACCUGAAGCGCUGCUUGCCUUUUGUAUUGAAUGCCUUGCAGGAGGAGUCGGAAGUCGUCCACAAGCAGGCCGUGGCGGCGGUGAAGACGCUCAUCGAGGAGUAUGGAGCCACAGCUCCCCAUUUGCUGCUUCCGCGCAUGCAAGAGGCUCUCUUCUUCCAAGAAGAAGAACCACGCACUCGCGCGAUGGAUCUGUUUUUUGCCUUCUGCGAAAAAAUCAGCGAAGGCAUCAAGUUUGGACAGGACUUCCUUAGCAUGGAUUGCCUGAGUCCUUUCCAUCGGCAUUCCCUUCUGGUCUCCAUCUUCAUCGCCCGCACCGACGACCACCACGACGUGCGCCGGAUGGCCACCCUGCUGUGGAAGGAGAAGCUGCAGAGUGGACCCAAAGCAAAGGCGGAGGUGUUACCCCUGCUGCUUGCAGUGCUCAAGGCAUUGCAGCAAGGGACCCCCACCCAAAAGAAAGCCGCAGAGCAGUGCCUGAAGGAGCUUGAGGCAGGCGAAAAGUCGGGCUUCGAGGCGGUGGAGCCCCAGGUGGGAGCCGCUGGGGUGCUCUUUGCGCAGGAUGCCAACGACAUCGAGACGCUGGAGAGCGAGUGCAAGGCUGCAGAUGUAGCGCCUCGCCCAGCGCUGCGGCCGCAGCUGCUGCAGCAGCGCUGCAAGGCGGAGAUGCCGAGCUUCGCGGCGCCGCUGCGCAAAUACAUUAGCUCGGUCCUGGUCUCUUGCUGCAUGGAGUCACGUACCCGAGAGGGCGCGGAGGCAGCGAUUGAGGAGGAGCUGAGACCCCUGGCAGACAAGCCGCUGCUGGAGCGAACAGGUAGCGCCAUUGCAGCCUUCGAGCUCAAGGCCUUCUUGGAGAAAGUCUUUGACGGGGUCGAGGACGAAAGCCUCGAGGAGCAUCGCUCCGGGCGCUCGAGCGAUUCGCUGAUCUUCCUGGAUGGCCUUCGCAUGAUGUACGGAGGUGGACACAUGCUCCUGAAGGAUGCCCUUCUGGACCUGCGAAAAGGCCGCAGGUAUGGUGUGGUGGGCCGCAACGGUGCUGGCAAGACGACCUUGAUGAGCACCAUCGCUGCUGGUGGAGUCUCUGGAAUGACUGCAGAUGUGAAGACCCUCCACGUCAAGCCAGAGGUCCUGGUAGAAGCCAGCGACCUCAACGCGGUGCAGUUCUGCCGGAAGGAGUUGAAAAAUCAAGAGGUGGAGGAUGAUGAGAUGCAGGCCGCACUGACAAAGGUGGGCUUCCCACAAUCCAUGCAAUCCAAGUCAGUAAAUGAGCUCUCCGGCGGUUGGCGCAUGAAGCUGCUCUUGGCCUCAGCCAUGAUGCGGGAUUGCGACAUUUUGUUGCUGGAUGAGCCGACCAAUCACCUGGACAAAGACUCCGUGGAAUGGCUCUCUGAGUAUCUGCGGUCGAUGACGAAGACCACGUUGAUGGUGAUUUCGCACGACCCCAAUUUUUUGAACAAGGUCUGCACAGACAUCAUCCAGUACAGCGCCAAGCGCACCCUGGACUACUUCGAGGGCAACUUCGAUGCCUUCCGGAAGGCCCGGAGGAUCUCCUCCGACGAGGAGGCCGAGGCCAUCCUGCUGGGGAGGCACAACUUCGACAACGAUGUGGACCCCGAGGAAGUGGAGGAGCACAAGGCCAGCGGAGGCGUCUCCGCUGCGGUCUUCGACAAAUCCUCGAAGAUCUCCUUCCCGAUCCCUGGCACCUUGAAGGGCCACUCUGCAGCCAAGCCGGUCAUGGAGUUGAAGAAUGUCUUCUUCUCCUACGACGAUGAAGGGCCCAUGAUCCUCAAAGACAUCAGCUGCAAGAUUGGUCUCACCAGCCGGGUGGGCAUCGUGGGUGCCAACGGCGCAGGCAAAAGUACGUUGCUCAAUGUGCUUUGCGGAGAGCUGGUGCCUGUGCCUGGACCCAGUGGUGAAGCUCCUGGCGAGGUCUACAAGCAUCGAAACUUGCGCUUGGCCUACAUCGCCCAGCAGCACAUGUUCCACCUGGCAGAGUUUAUGAAUAGUACGCCUUAUGUGUACAUUCAGAAGCGCUACCAGAACGGAUACGACGAGGCGCUCCAGCGGCGGCUCAUGGAGCCUCCCAACGAGGAGGUGGCCAAGCGCCGAAGCGACCUGGCGCGUGAGUACGGGAAGUAUGGCUUCGAGGUUGGAAGCAUCCAAAGCCGCGUCGUGCGCGGGAACGAAGUGCUCUAUGAAGUGCAAUGGAAGGGCUGUGAUGAUCCGAAGCAAAACACCUUCGAGAACUUGUCCAAGUUGAAGAAGUUGGACCAGAUUGGCUUGGCGAAGGCCUAUGAUGAGCGAAUAGCAGCACAAACUGCGGGGAUUGAUCAACGGCCACUGACGCAGAAGGAGAUCGUCAAGCAUCUGGAGCAGUUUGGCUUAGAUGAAGACAUGAUCUUGCACCGGGAGAUCGGUGGCUUCUCUGCGGGUCAGAAAUCCAAGCUCACCCUGGGUGCAGCGUUCUGGACGAAGCCCCACAUCAUCGCGCUGGAUGAGCCGACGAAUUACAUCGACAUGGAGACCUUGGACGCCUUGGUGCAGGGCUUGGCUCGAUACAAAGGCGGCAUCAUCGUCAUCUCCCAUGCGAGCGAAUUCGUGAACCAAGUCUGCAAUGAGAUUUGGAAAGUUGAAGGGGGUGUGAUUGCGGAGAGGACGAAGAAGGACAAGAAGUGAGAGAAGUUCUCAUUUCGUCUUGAACAUGUGGCCCCGUACUGCACCACGCAGUUUCGAGCGCUUGCACAUAGAUGCCCUAGUAGCAACUGGGCAGUUUGGAACACGUGUGACCCCAUGAAAGUCACUCC